AUUCACAAAGUUCGUAUUCCGGCCACUCCCAGCGCCAUCCGACUCCUGUCCAUCCAUCCAUCCCACAGCCCCCCCUGGGCACCCAAUGGUUCAAGUAUACAAAAAGACCCACUCCUACCCCGAACCACCGGCCACAUCCCUCCUCGCCUUCUUCCUCCGCUAUCCCAACCCAUUCGCCCGCCAUGUCCUCUCCGUCGACGUCCUUGACCGCACAGUUGACCCUGUGACGGGCCGCAUACACACGACCCGGCUGAUAUUGAAACGCGGCAUCCUGCCCAAAUGGGCGACAAGAUGGCUGCCUUCGAGCGCCACAUCAGGUGGGAGUGGGCUAGAUGCGUGGAUAUACGAGGAGAGCAUUGUGGAUCCCCCGGGAUGGGGUGAAGGGAGAACAGAUCUUGGGGCGGAGGGAGAGGACUUUGGGAAGCAGCCGAGACUGAGAAUGCAGCAGGGGAAUUUGAAUCACCGAAAGGCGAUGCAUGUGAUUGAGGGUGGGGAUCUGAGAGCUGGGCCCAAUGGGACAACGCUACAUCACACGACCGCCGAGGUCCGGUCAGACCUAGGCGGGGCAUGGUCAAGUCUCAUACGGAAGCGGAUAGAGUCGUAUGGCCUGGGCAAAUUCGAAGGCAACUCAGAGACAGUGGGUUGCUCUUACAUGUAUGGGGCUCGAGCUGAUCAGCGGAUAGUCACGGAAAGGCAUGUCCCUCAUCUUGCAACUGCUGCGUCACCGCCAUCCCUUGCCCGAGACUGCCGAAUUCGAAUUCUAUCCACCGCCGCCGCCGGGCUUUAGCGAGAGCUGGACUGAUAUGCCAGAAGCUGCUAGCCGGCAAGAACCGAAAGAAGGAUCACCCAAGAGUUUCUUUCUGUCGCCGGCGAGUCUGAGAGCAUGGGCGCGAAAGAGAAGAGAAGAUUGAGCGACGAAACGACCAUUCCACC